AUGGAACCUCUUUCCAGAGACUUAAGUGCUACAAAAACUCAGUCAGCUGUUAUUGAGGGCGCUGCACGUGAUUCGGUGGCCGUUCAAAAUAAAAGCUCCCCGGUUGAGGAGGAGGAGAAGUAUGAAAGUUGCAAAGAAAACAUCUCCAUUGAUUCCCAGUUGCAAGAGAAACAUCCUGGAGCUGUAGAAACCUUGCCUGGUUCUGACACAGAUGAGGACGACAAUUCAGUGGAGAGUGGUGGUAAACGUCUGCACAAAAAAUCCCAGAAAAUUCGUGGAGUGUACACCCCUGAUGCAAGGUUGAAAGGGUUGUUCAUGAGCGAGAAGAAGACUGAGUGUAGGCCCCUACCCAAGACAAGUCGUGCUAUUUUAAAGAAGUUUAGGGAUAUUCUUAGUGAAAACCUCGUGCAGUUCAAAAUCAAGACCUCUCGCAUUCUCACGAAUUCUUUCUUCCUUGACAUAGCUACACCCGGGAAAUGGUUGUCCGACGAGCACAUGCAUUUGAUAAUGCAAAUGUUGUGGAGGCGUCGUGGGAGUGUUCUGCAGAAAGACCGGAUGGUAAUGUUCGAUCCGUACUUUAUGAAGAUCAUUACCUCGAACUGGCCCGCUUUCAAUGAAGCUGAUGAUAAAUUGGAUUUUGAUUGGGGCACAAACAUAGCAGCUCAUAUUACAGGAAAGUGUAGGGGAAAUAACCUUAAGUUGGAACUUGGUCGCGAUGUCGACAUGGUGUACGCUCCAAUGCAUUGGGGGAGGAAUCAUUGGGUUGGUCUUUGUAUUAACUUGCGGACUUCUAACGUCACCGUCCUUGAUUCGUUCAUCACUGAGAAUCCAACUGAAGCAGAUGUUGAUGUGCAGAUGACUCCUAUUAUGAAGUCCUUACCAUAUAUACUUGAGCAAUAUGUCAGGCAUCUAUCACAAAAAAAGGGUGGUGACUGUGCGCCUUGCGCCGCUAAGUUUAUGGAGAUGCAUUCUAAUGGUGAUGGGAAAGAAGAGAUGUGUUGGAUAAUAGACAAAAUUGUGGAUAAAUUUCGUGAACAGUAUGCAAUGGACUGCUACGAGGAGUUCAUUGGCGAUUAUCGGGUUGCAAACGAGGCCAGUAUGAAGUAG